GUCUCAAGCGCACAGUAGGAACCUUGAGAUUCUCCAAUCACCAUGGCUAUGUGAGCUGAUGGCCUUUCACACAAAUUCGCAAGAGACAAAGGCCAAAACAAGGAAUGCUUCCUGCAUUGUUCAACGGCUGUUCCCUCAUAUUUAAAGAUGAAAAGCCUUCUCUUUCUUGUGAGCUCUUUGAUUCAGUCAAGCUUGAACUGGACUUGACUUGUUCGAUAUGCUUGGAUACAGUUUUUGAUCCAGUGUCUUUGACUUGCGGUCAUAUAUUCUGCUACAUGUGUGGUUGCAAGGCAGGAUCAGUGACCAUAGUGGAUGGAUUAAAGGCAGCUAGUCCCAAGGAAAAGUGCCCCCUUUGCAGAGAGAUUUAACAUCAAGUGAACGAAUUUGUGUCCUGCUCAAUGGAUUAUUCAAGUCUACCAGAAAGUCUUAUAUAUUUGCAUAUCCUUGUCUGGCCAUCAGAAGACUGGUUUUGUACAUUCCAACUGAAUCUUAAGAACUAUCAAACUUCUCACAAUUUUAGGCCAAACAAAAUGUUUAUCUCCACAUGAACUUGACAUCAGGUCUGUUUAUUCUUUC